GGGGCUCCUCUUCUCCUUCUACUUCUUCUUCUUCUUCCCUCAGUCACUGGUGGGUAUCUGGCUAUAAUUGGCGUUACGGAAAUUCGAGAGGUUCAGAGAGAGAAUACCCAUAUUUAAAUAUUGAAACUUUUCUUGGUUUUCUUUGCCAAAUUUUGAAGCAUAAAAAGUUUGGCCUUUUUUGUUUUUGUUUUUUUUUUUGGUGAUGAGGAAAAGAAGAUCUGGGUGUUUCAGAAUCCGGUAAAGACGGAGAAAAGAAGAGGGUGGUGGAAGAACAGAAGGGGGUGUAUUGGACAUUUCCCUUUUCUUCAUCACUGUUCAUUGCCAUUUUGGUAUAUGAGGCGAGGUUUGUUUUCAAAAUCAUGUCUGAUGGGUAUUACAGUUCCAAGAAGACAGAUGAUAUAUGCGACGACGUUUGUGGAGAGGGAUCAGAAGCAGCAUUGAGCAUGUCCAGACUACGAUGCGUUUUGCGGGGGUUCGAUUUGAAGACCUAUAUUUUCGUUUUUGCAGUUCUUCCAUUAUGCAUCUUCGGUGUGUAUUUACAUGGGCAGAAGGUUUCGUAUUUUUUACGACCUCUUUGGGAAUCUCCUCCGAAAUCUUUCAUUGAACUUCCACACUAUUAUCAUGAGAAUGUGUCAAUGGAGACUCUCUGCAGACUUCAUGGGUGGAAGACUCGUGAGUCACCAAGACGAGUUUAUGAUGCAGUUCUCUUCAGUAAUGAGGUAGACAUCCUUACAAUUCGGUGGAAUGAAUUAUAUCCGUAUGUCACCCAGUUUGUGCUGCUGGAAUCAAACUCAACAUUUACUGGCCUGCCCAAACCAUUGGUUUUUGCUAAGAACCGGGACAAGUUUAAGUUUGUUGAAGACCGGCUCACUUAUGUGACAACUGGAGGAAGAUUUAAGAAAGGCGAGAACCCAUUUUAUGAGGAGGCAUUUCAAAGAGUAGCACUAGACCAGCUUCUGAGAGUAGCCGGUAUAGAAGAUGAUGAUCUGCUGAUAAUGUCUGAUGUUGACGAGAUUCCUAGUGCUCACACAAUUAAUCUCUUGAGGUGGUGCGAUGACAUCCCACCUGUUGUUCAUCUCAGGCUGAGGAACUACUUGUACUCUUUCGAGUAUUACGUAGAUGAAAAGAGCUGGAGGGCAUCAGUUCACAGGUAUCAAACUGGUAAUACUACAUAUGCGCACUUCAGACAGAGCGACUACCUUUUGUCAGAUGCAGGGUGGCAUUGUAGCUUUUGUUUCCGCCAUAUCAGUGAGUUCAUAUUCAAGAUGAAAGCUUACAGCCACUAUGAUCGGGUGAGGUUCUCUCAUUACUUGAACCCUAAAAGGAUUCAGGAUGUUAUAUGCAAAGGGGCCGACCUAUUUGACAUGAUUCCUGAGGAGUACACGUUUAAGGAGAUUAUUGGAAAGAUGGGACCUAUUCCUAGAUCUUAUUCAGCAGUUCAUCUUCCUGCAUAUUUGCUGAACAAUGCUGAGAAGUACAAGUACCUGUUGCCUGGAAACUGCAAGAGGGAAAAUGGCUGAGACUUGAAAAGCGAGGUGCCUGCUCAAACAGUUGAACAGGCAAAUUGUUGAUAUAACUCCUUGUGAAUUGGACCGAAUAGUGCUCCCCAUUAGAAUUUGAUAGCUAUGGUGUUGCAGAGAUACAAAGAUAGGUCAUUCUUAGAGUGUUUGAGAAGAACAUCAUGGAUUCCUGCAAAUUAAUGGGAAAUUAUGUACAUUUCCUUUUUCUUUCUUGGGUUUCUAUGGAAGCAUAUCAAUUUUUCAAGUGGGGGAUUUUUCUACGAGGGAAAAGCUUUUCGUGAGCUUUUGUACCCACCUCUUGUUGAUAUGGCAUAAUCCCAAAUGACAUUUCCCAAGCUUUUCUUUACUGGGAAUUGUGAUUGAACUAAUUGAUAUUCUGCUCUUAAUACCUUUCA